AUGCAGGUGUGUAUAUCUCACAGCAUUCUCUGCAUUCUCACUUCUCUCUGCAUUCCCGCUUCUCUCCGCAUUUUCACACCUCCCUUCCACUUUUCUCACUACGCGCUUGCCUCCCACAAAUAUGAGCAGGAGGAAGGGGAGAAGGGCAAGGACGACAAGCUACCCAAGGGAAUAGAAAUGCAGCAAGACUUCGAUGGGGAUAUGCAUGAUAUAAGCGAGGAUGAGGAGGAGGAUCAGGAGAAGGAAGAGGAGGGAGAGGAGGAACAGCAACUGGAGGAGGAGAUGGGAGAUGUUGGUGAUAAUGCUGAUGUGGUUGAUGAGAAGAUUUGGAAGGGGGAUGAGGAGGAGGAGAAGGAGGGAAAGAGGGAGAAUGAGAAGUUUGAGAAGGACUCGACGAUUUCGGGGGCGCGGGAGGAGGAUUUGGAGUAUAGAGGCAAGGAUGAGGAGGAGGAUGAGGAGGGAGGGGAGGGCGGGGAGGAUGAUAAGGAGGGUGGGGAGAAGGAUGGUGCAAAGGAGGAGAAAGAGGAGAAGGGGAAGGAUGAGCAGCAGGCAAAGAAGGACGAGAAGGGGAAGAAGCAAGGGGAGGAGGAGGGAGAAGGGGCGGAGGAGGAAGGGGGAGAGGAGGAGGGUGAGGUGAAUGAGUGGCAGGGAGAAGGGGAGGAGGAAGGGGAGGAGAUGGAGGAAUCUCACGGAAUUACACCGAGAAAGGAAGAGGAAGUUCCAGAGUUGGACCUUCCUGAUGAUAUGGAGAUAGAUGAAGGAGAGCAGGGUGGGAAGGAGGAGGGAGGGGAGGAGGAGGAAGGGGAGACCGAGGUGGAAGAAGCAAAGGAGGCUAUGGGAUCACAUGGGAGGCCGCAAGAAGAGGAGGAGGAGGAAGAGGAGGGAGAGGUGAAGGAUGAUGAGUGGGACGAGAUGGAUGGGGCGAAUGAUGGUGCUGGCGGUGCUGCUGCUGACGCUGCUGGUGGUGGGGAUGAGGAGGGGCAGGAGGAUGGGGAGGAGAAGGGUGAGGGAGAAGAGGAGGGUGAAGAGGAGAAGGAGAGGGAUGCUGAUGUGGAGAAGGAGGAAGGGGAGGAGGGGGAGGAGGAGGGAGAAGAAGGGGAGGUGAAGGAUGAGGAUGGGGAGGGAGGUGAGGAGGAGGAAGCGGAGGAGGGGGAGGAGAAAGAGCCUGAGAACAUGGGCACGGGAGCAGAGGCAGCAGUAGCAGAGGAGCAGAUGGAGGAGGAGAAAGAUAUCAAGGGGACGAAAUCAGCUAGAGAUCAGCAACAGGAUGGGAAUGAGCAAGUGGCAGGGGUGAGGGCUGCAGGGACGGCGUCUGUUGAUGUGAUGGGGAUGGAAGUGGAGGAGAAGGAGACCAAGGGGCAAGGGAAGGAGGAGGAGAAGGAAGAGGAGGAGAGGAAGAAGAAUGCAGCAGAGGAGGAGGAUGGGGAGGGGGAGGAGGCAGGAGGGGCGAAGGAGGAGGGUGAGGAGGAGGAAGAGGAGGAGGAAUUGGAAGAAGGAGAAGAGAUGGAGGUGGAUGGGGACGCAUCUGGAGCUAUGGAUUCGAGCUUCGUAUCCAUGAGAUGGAAAGAGGAGGCCAAGGAAACGGCGCGCCUGCGAGAGGCGGACGGGGAGAAGGAAGAGGGAGAGGCCGAAGAGGACGGAGCAGGAGAGGGCGCGGACGCUGCUGGCGGCGCGAGGGAAAAGGUGUGGACUGAGAUCGAACUAGAGCGCAUGCGAGCCGAGGUAGAAGCGCAGAUGCAGCGGAUGCGGGAGAGCGAGGAGGGCCGGCAGAAGCUCGAAGCGGCGCGCGACGCGUGGCGGAAAUACGAGCUGCUGUGCAGCGGCGCCUCUCAGGAGCUAGCAGAGCAGCUGCGGCUCAUUCUAGAACCUUCCAUGGCGACCAAACUGCAAGGGGACUACCGGUCCGGGAAGAGAAUCAACAUGAAGAAGGUGAUUCCGUACAUUGCAAGCGGGUUCAAGCGGGAUAAGAUCUGGCUGAGGAGAACCCGCCCGGAUAAGCGCAAAUACCAGGUGGUUCUAGCUAUUGAUGACUCGAGAAGCAUGUCGGAGGCACGGUGCGGGCAUCUAGCGCUCGAAGCAAUGGCCACGAUUUGCCGAGCGAUGGCGACGAUCGAGGUUGGGGAGAUCGGGGUCGUUGCUUUCGGCGAGCCGGGCAACGUGCGCAUGCUGCAUGAAUUAGACCGGCCGUUUUCUCCUGAAGCAGCCGUGCAAGUCAUCUCGCAAUUCUCGUUCAAGCAGGACAACACGAUUGCGGAUGAGCCAAUGGUGGAGCUGCUGCGGUUUCUGUCUGGGGCGCUGGAUUCUGCUGCGAUGAGAUACUCUGCGAGUGCGGGCACGGGAGGAGGAGGACAUCUGGAGCAGCUGGUGCUGAUUGUGGCGGAUGGGCGGUUCCAUGAGAAGGAGACCCUAAGGCGCACAGUGCGGCAUGCCAUGGGCAAGGGGCAGCUGCUGGCCUUCAUUCUGCUGGACAGCCCUUCUGAAUCCAUCCUUGACAUGCAGGCGGGGUCCCAGCCUUCUCUCAACCUACCUGAACUGACUUUGAGAUUCAUACAAGCCAUAUCCCGUUUCUCCCUGCCCUCUCCUGCACCCCUCCUGCAGUCCGUGUCAUUCUCAGACGGGGUGCCAGCCUUCUCAAGCUACCUGGACUCCUUCCCCUUCCCCUACUACAUCCUUCUGAGGGACAUCCACGCGCUCCCUCGCACGCUGGCAGGCCUGCUUAGACAGGUAUGGCAUGGGGAAUGCUGGCAUGGGGCUGAAGAGGUGACUUUAUCAGUGAUAGGGAUGGCAUAG